UUGCUUUCCCUCUCUUGCUCGCUUUCUGCAGUCCCCAUUUCGUCGUCUCUCUCUCUCUCUCUCUCUCUGCUUUUAUGUUCUUGAGGGAACUUCAUCCCUCUGCCGCGCGCGGCGAACCCAAUCCGUCGAUUUCGGCGGAAAAAUGAGGUUGCUUUUGUAGCGGAGAGCGGAGGAAGAGGGUGUACUUCUGGGGAACUUCGCUUUUUGGUGCUGUUUUUUUAUUUUGCUGUGGGGGGUGUGUGCCAGUGCUUGUGCUUUGGAACCCGCAGAGACUAGCCAAUCGUCUUUAUUUUGCUGCGCUCAAGUUAAUCUGUUUGUCAUGGCAUCGACAAUGGCAUCUGGCCUGCACUUUGCAACAGCAAGACCCAAUGUAUCCUCUUCGCACCGAGCUUUGAGACUGGGUGCCACAAUUCUUGGUUAUGACAGUAAGGUGGCAUCAUGGGCUAAGCUUGCUAGUGCUUGUCAUCUAUCAUGUAUGCUACCUUUCCGAGGAAUUUCUUCGUCAUCUGGGUUGAAAUCAGCUAAGCCUGUGACAAAGGCCAUGUCUGAAGAUAGUCAAAGCAAACCUUCAUCAGGUUUGCCAAUUGACUUAAGAGGUAAGAGGGCCUUUAUAGCGGGUGUAGCUGACGACAAUGGUUAUGGUUGGGCAAUAGCAAAAUCUCUUGCUGCUGCUGGUGCUGAAAUUCUUCUAGGCACAUGGGUGCCUGCUUUGAACAUCUUUGAAACCAGCCUGCGGCGUGGAAAGUUUGACGAAUCACGUGUAUUGCCAGAUGGUUCUGUCAUGGAGAUCUCCAAAGUAUAUCCUUUAGAUGCUGUAUAUGACAAUCCUGACGACGUACCUGAAGAUGUUAAAACUAACAAGCGGUAUGCAGCAUCCAGCAAAUGGACUGUUCAGGAAGUAGCAGAUUCUGUGAAGCAGGACUUUGGCAGCAUAGACAUUCUUGUUCACUCACUAGCGAACGGGCCAGAGGUAACCAAACCUUUGUUGGAAACGUCGAGGAGGGGUUAUCUUGCGGCAAUAUCAGCUUCAAGUUACUCCUACGUUUCAUUACUCAAGCAUUUUAUACCAAUAAUGAACCCAGGUGGUUCUUCAAUAUCACUUACCUACAUUGCUUCUGAGAGGAUAAUUCCAGGGUAUGGUGGAGGAAUGAGUUCUGCAAAAGCUGCUCUAGAAAGUGACACACGGGUGCUUGCUUUUGAAGCAGGAAGAAAGAACAAAAUUAGAGUGAAUACUAUAUCCGCCGGUCCUUUAAGAAGCCGUGCAGCAAAAGCAAUUGGAUUUAUCGAUAUGAUGAUAGAGUAUUCCUUGGCCAAUGCUCCUUUGCAGAAAGAACUGUCUGCAGAGGAGGUGGGGAACACUGCUGCAUUCUUGGCAUCACCUUUGGCUUCUGCCAUAACAGGAGCCGUUAUAUACGUUGACAAUGGCCUAAAUGCCAUGGGAGUUGGAGUUGACAGUCCACUAUUCGAGGGCCUUGACAUACCAAAGGCCAAGCACUGAAGAUUACACAGUGGGCGCAGCACUGGAAGUUUUGCCAUCUCUGUUCAGUUUUUACUCUCUUUACCGGCACCAUCAAAGGGAGGCUCCCAAUUCAAGGCUCCAGAUUUUGCCCUAGAGCGUUGAUCUUCUUUUCUAAUAAAGAAGGCACAUUGCUUUCCAUGAAUUGGAAAAAACCAUAAACACAAGCCACUAAUCCGUCCAUUUGUGCUUGCUAGGUUUAGAAAAUAGGAAUCGCUAUGAAACCAAUACCUUCACUUAAGUCUUGACAAUGACAACUGAAAACAAAGGUGGAGAUGAUCAGCGUUUGAAAAA